AUGGACGUUCAUGGCACGGUAGUCCGAAGAGUCCUAGUGGACACAGGGAGUAGCGUGAACAUCUUGUAUUUAGAGGUGUUUGAGAGGUUGGGGUUACAACGUAACAAGCUAAAACCUGUGAAAACACCUUUGGCUGGUUUCACCGGGGACUCGAUUGAGUCAGAGGGAUCCAUACGUUUGCCGGUCGAAAUCGGGACCUUGGAAUUUGUGGUAGUCAAUCUAUCCUGCUCCUAUAAUAUGAUUCUGGGGCGACCUGGAUUAGAAGACUUGGGAGCCCUUAUCUCCCUAGAGCAUCUUUGUUUAAAAUUCCGGACUCCCAAUGGGAUCGGAGUCGCUCGUCGGGAGGAACAGUUAAAGAGUCUUGACCGACCAGAGCCGGUGGUAGAACUAGAGGAAGUUGAGAUUGACCCUUCGCGCCCUGAGAGACGGGUGAGGAUCGGAGUGGGUUUGGCUGAGAAAGUCAAACAAGAAAUUAUCCAGGAGUUACAAAAAUAUCAGAGGGUAUUUGCCUGGGGUCCUGAAGAUAUGCCAGGAGUCGACCGGUCGGUCAUUUGCCACCGACUGGCCGUCAACCCUAACCACAAACCCGUAAUUCAGAAGAAAAGAUACCUCUCGGCGGAUCGACGAGAAUUCGUUAAGAAGGAGGUGGAAACCUUGAUGGCUGCGCAGCAUAUCCGUGAGGUAAAAUAUCCAGACUAG